CACACCGCCAAAUUACUAGCACGUGUGACGCUGUUAGUUGUUAUUUCAACUAAACUUUUGGACAAAUAAAGGCGUAAAAAUGCGCGACAACACACCGCCGCACCGGCCGGAUUUUGAUGAUGGCGAAGAUGAGCUUCAGGAGAUUAUUGACCUGGAAGAGCAACCGCUGGAGGAUGAUGAUGACGAUUUGGAAGAGGUGACUUUAGAGCAACUCGAAGCACGACUUGCAAUGGCAGGCGGCGAUGAUGAUGAUGACGAGGAAGAUUUAGAGGAGCUACGUGACCAAGAGAGAAUACGCAACAUUAAAGAUGAAGCGGAGAUCACCUUCCGGCAACACACGGCUCCCGUUUUCGCCUGCAGUCUGCAUCCUACUUACAAUUGGGCUGUAACUGGAAGCGAGGACGACCGAGCCAUUGUUUGGGACACCACCACAGGCGAGGUACUUUACGAGAUUACGGACCACAAGGACACUGUCACCGAAACACACUUCAGCCAUGAUGGUGUCUAUUUAGCCACUGGUGACUUGGCCGGUGAACUGUUCGUUUUCAAAGUCAGCGAACAGCGCGAGGAGCGUCCGGUCCUCACCAAAGUCUGGGAGUACUCUAUGAGCGACAUGUCCUGGCUGUUUUGGCACCGGGCUGCCCACAUCCUGCUGGCGGGAAGUGACAGCGGAGAGGUCUUUGUUUGGCGCAUACCCAGCGGAGACUGCAAGAUCCUACCAGGACAGUCGUCACGCUGUGAAUCUGGAGAGCUUAGCGGCGAUGGCAAAAAGCUAUUCACGGUCUAUUUGAAUGGAUCUGUAAAACUGUGGGAUCUGAAGAGCUGCCAGGUGAUCAUGGAGGUCAACGAACAAAAUCCUAUGGGAUUUGGCGAGAUCACGCACGCCGUGGUGGCCUGCGAAAGGGAAUCCCCCUUCUACGUCUGUGCUGAGGCCUCAGGCAAAAUGCUAUUCUGCACCAACAACGGACCUGUUAGCACCAUUCAGUCGGAGCACGGCAUCGAGUGUCUAGCCUUUGCUCCUCCUUCGGCCGACCUUAAACUCUUUGCCUGCGGAUCAUUGGACGGUAGAAUAUCCAUCUGGGACUACUCCAAAUCCGCCCUUCGUACGAUAUGUGAAAACCCAGUGCCAAAUGAUGGUGUCAUAAGGAUUAAGUGGCUGAGCGACCACACAAUUCUGGCAGCCACCUCACAAGGCAACCUAAAUGCUUUUGACGCACGCACGGGAUCUCUGAAAUUCACACUGACGGGUCACUUCUAUCACAUCUACGAGUUCGUCUAUAAGGCACAGGAAAAUCUACUGUUAACUGUUUCCGAGGACAACAUGGCCAAGAUAUUCAAGGUGCCGGCGCUGGGCGAUUAGUUAGUAUUGUAGAAAUGUUGUACCGUGAUGUAUAUGUAAAUAUUAAAUACAUAUAAUUAA